UCCUACCCAAGAGAGCCGAAAGUGGCACACUUACACUUUCACAAGAAAUUACAUCGAGAAAGAAAUCAUUCAGUUUAUAUGUAGUAGACAAACAAACGCGAAUAAAGUAACAUGCUUGUGUGAUAGGUAUUCAAUCGUACUUAUUCUUACUUAUUUUGAAUAAUGCAAACGGUGCAUCAAGAUCACUGUAAAAAAUUGAGAGAUGAUUUAUCUACGCAAGAAACAAUUAAAUUGAUACAGGAAGACUGUACUUCAAUUUGUGAUGAUUCUUAUCAAGAAUUUGAAGAUCGCCAAACUUUGCCUCCGUUUUAUGAUGAGGAAAAAUUUAAAAAAGGACAGGAAUUCUACCACAAGCAUGUACUCGCAAUGUUUGUCGCAAAACUUUUUGGACUGCUCACCGUUAUAUCAACGCCUACAAUUUUAAAAAUUCUAACAUUCACAAAUAUGUCCAGUACCCCUUUAACAGCUUACAAACGAUAUUUGGCAACGGUUUACCACAUGUGUGUAUGGUACGAUAAUGACUUUAAACCGGGAUCAAAGUUGUGGGACUCAAUUAAUAAAGUUAAGAUGAUGCACUGCUCUGCCAGUAGACGACACUGUGUGGCAGGUGGGCAGCGAAUUUUACAAAGAGACAUGGGUAUAACGCAGUUUGGUUUCAUGGGAUUCGCAAUCUUAACGCCGGAAAAGGUUGGAAUUCACAAUGCGACCAGAGAAGAAUUGGAGAGCUUCAUUCAUCUAUGGAGAGUUAUCGGUUACAUCAUGGGCGCAGACGAUAAAUAUAACAUCUGUAAGGGUACACUAGAGGAAACGAGAGAAAUAUGUGAAGGAUUGGUUAACAACAUUUUCAUAGAUAAUGUAAAAACUAAAAAUGCCAACUAUCAACGGUUAGCCGAUGCCUUGGUCAAUGGAAUGUGGGCCAUGCAACCAUUUCUUGAACCGACUGCAUUUAAAACGUAUCUUGCCAAUCUUCUUAGCUCAGUCAGUAACAAUAAUCUAGAAAUUCCUACGGUACCAUUAAACUUGUUUCAAUACUUCAUUUUCUAUGGCCUGCAGGCGUACAUAUUUAGUUUACAAUUUCAUUACAUGAGGAUAUUCGCAAAUUUCCUACAAUACCUAUCGUUUUGGCUAAUGCACCAUUUCCCUUUCCUCGCAUUUUACAGUUACGGAUACAAAAAUUCGUUUGUUGCGAUUUUUAAGGAGAGACUAGGGAAACGAGGGUAGUUAAAGAGGCGCACUGUUAAUUGUGCAAUAUACAAUUUAGGUAUAUUACAAUAUGAACCUAACUAACACAGUAUUAGAUUUGCUCUUGCCACACUUAUACAACUAGAUGCAAUCUUGAAACGCGGACAAGCAACCCUGGUUUAUACUUUCGGGCUUAGGCAUCUCAUCGAUGGAACACUCCAAGGGAUUUGUAUAGAAAUACUCAUUGGUCAAUGCCUAGAAUAGGUAUUUUGUUAUACAGAUACACAAUGUUAAAAUAAAAUGGGUUAUUUUCAUAUUUUUUUGAACUUUAGUAAUCACUAUUUACAAAAAAAAGAAAAUAACCAAUCAUUAUUAUUGUUAAAUAAAAACUCCAAAAAGA